AGUAGGACGUAAAUGCCUUCUGAGAGUAGCAGAAACAGCAUUUAAAUCCAGAAGAGGUCCGAAGAGCGGAAUAUUUAAUAAAAAUGCGACAAAAGCUGGAGGUAAAGAUGGAGUCUGUUGAAGAGGAGAUUGAUGACCUGGGUGAUUCAGAAACAUUCAGAAUCAAUAAGCAGGAAGAAACUGAGGAGCAAGCAGACCUGAAGGAAGUGAAGCAAGAAAACUUGGAACUGAAUGAAGAUGAGGAGUUCCUACCCGGAGACCCUGAAAAUAAUUCUCAAACAACAGAUACCAAAAACUCAUUCUCAUGCCCUCACUGCGACAGGAGUUUCACGCUAGAAGCAAGCCUUAUCAGUCACAGCAGCAUGCAUAGCAGAGAGCGUCCAUACACGUGCCCACAAUGCCCAAAGAGUUUCGCACGUAAAGACAGCCUGAGAAUGCACCGAAGACUUCACACGGGAGAAAAACCCUACGCGUGCCCUCAGUGUGGAAAAGCUUUCGCACAAAAAGAGCAUCUCACGAUCCACAUACGAAUUCACACCGGGGAGAAACCGUUCGUAUGCGAUCAGUGCGGAAGCAGUUUUGCGCGAAGUGACAGCCUGAAGAACCACUCAAGAAUUCACACCGGUGUAAAACCCUACAGUUGCCCGCACUGUGCAAAGAGAUUUACCUGGCUGCACAAUUUCAGGAAACACCUACGCUUGCAUUCUGGAGUGAAGCCUUUUAGCUGCGAAGACUGCGGAAAGAAGUUCCCAUCUGCAUCUGUUUUAAAAUACCACAUUCAGAGCCACUCAGAGGAAAGGCCUCACUCGUGUUCGACAUGCGGGAAGAGCUUUAUACAGCUGGACGCUUUUAAAAUGCAUCAGAAAUUGCACAGCGGUGUCAGGCCGUUUGUGUGUUCGCACUGCGGCAAGAGUUUUAAUAAAGCCUCCAACCUGACAGAGCACUUCAGGAUUCACACUGGAGAAAAACCCUACACGUGUUCGCUUUGCGGCAAGAGUUUCACUCAUUCGGCAACCCUGAAAGCACACGAGCGAAUUCACACUGGAGAGAAACCGCAUCACUGUACUCAAUGUGGAAAGAGUUUCGGCAGAGCAAGUCAUCUGCUGGCACACAUCAAAACACACUCUUCAAAACGCAAAACCUCACAGUGAGCGAUUGUGUGUAAUGCACAUUGACAUGAUAGAUACUGGGAGGGGCUUUUAUUUAUUUCAAAACAUUUAAAGGGGGCAUAUUAUGCAUAAAUCUAAUUCAAACCCAUGAUGUUAAUAGUAAAAUUGCUCUCUUUUUUUCAAAACACGUGUAAUAUUAUUGAAUGCAGUAGAAUAAAUAAAUAAUUCUGGUUUUAGAAA